AUGGAUGACAUCCGAGUGCUCAACGGGGGGUUAUCAGAAGAGGAUUGGGCGAGAAUGAGUGAGAAAGGAAAACGAUCCUACAUAAACCUUCAGGUGCUAGCGGGCAACGGGAUCAUUCAUGUAGCAAAGGAUCUAUACGAUGCCGAUGCUCGGUUCAUGUUUGAACUGAUUCAAAACGCAGACGACAACGAGUACAAUACCGCAAAUCAUCGAAAACAAGUAAAGUUUCUCCACUUCAGGUUGUUCCACGACAGGAUCUUGGUGGAAUCGAAUGAGGAUGGCUUCACUGAGCAAGACCUCCGAGCCAUUUGCAGCAUCCACCAGAGCACCAAGCGCCAAGCAGGUGGCUAUGUCGGUCACAAAGGAAUUGGUUUCAAAUCAGUCUUCAAAGUUGCGCACAAAGUUCACGUGCAAUCAGGUCCAUUUUGUUUUUCGUUGGAGCACAAAGAAGGAGACUCCGGCCUGGGAAUGGUUACUCCAUCCAACGUGCCACGCGAAAAUCUCCCGAUGAUGGUCACGACCCGUAUGACGUUAUUCCUUACCAGCACUAAAGACUUUGGUGCACGGGCUCAAGAGUUGAAGGAGAUUCCGAAGACUAUCUUGCUAUUCCUCCGGAGACUACAAAUGAUAAGAGUGGACAUUUGCCCCCCCUCGAGGAUCUUCGCUUUGCCUUGA